AUGGGCGCAACCCUCAGCCAGCAAUCCGCCGUCGACACCAUCAACCAGUGGCGAUCGCGGCCGCGCCACGAGCUGAUCUUCGACUCCGGCCUCCACGAGAUCCGGCAGUACUUCCAAGCGAUCGACAAGCUCGACGACGCCAAUGCGCGCGGCUCCAACGACAGGCUCCUCCACACCGCCACCGACCGCCUCAAAUCCGAAUUCGAAGCCGUCCUCCGCCGCAGCGCCGCCGCCGCCCCGGCCCCGCCUCCACCACCACCGAGUGGAGCUCCUCCGUGUCCGACAGCACCGCCAACGCCUUCCGCUUCGAGGACUACGCCCCCGCCGGCGACGCAGUCAGCCCCGACGCCGCCGAUUUCCUCAAAAACAUCGCCGCCAGAUUGA